AUGCAGUCCUUCACCCCUAUGGGAAUUCCUAUGUAUAGGAACUUGGGAGGACCAGGCCGCUCCGAGAUAUAUUGUCAUCUAUGUGGAGUGAGCUUCAAUAUCGCUCGCAGCCGCAAGGCCGACGAGCCAGAUACUGCUGAAUGGGACUAUAAUGGAGAGCGCCUGCCAUACGAAAUCAACUGGGCGGAGUGUGCUGAACAAGGUUGUAGCUUUGCUGUUUUAACUGAAAGACUCAGCAGUAUAAAAAUAAAGUAUAAGCGUCGUGAUGAUCCCAAAUAUGUUCCCGAGGAAGAGACUAUGUACGAGCCUUACGAGUAUGACUCUGACUACGAGAGUGGCGAUAUUGAUGAUCCCCAGAACGACAACGGGGAAGAAAACCAUGAACAGGAUGUAGACCAUCAGUGGUAUAGUGAGUGGUGCUCAACAUUAUUGCCACUUACCCCCCCUAGAGAAGAACCUGUUCGCAUUACAGGCCCAGCCGAGAAGGAGCAUGUCAUCUCACCAGUGCCCGAGAACGGCGAAGUGCCCGAAAGCUCUAGAUGGGACCCGGUGGAGCAUAUUCCCGGUCCUACAUGCAGGCAGGUGAAUGCAUACAGUGGGCGAAGAAUCUCCCUCGAAGAAAUGAGAGGCUGCCGAGCCGUGCAGUGCCUUAUCAAUAAGAAAGCCGCUGCUGGAUGGGGCCCUGACGGAUUUGAUCAAGACUGGGAGCUCUCAGGGGACUAUUUCUUGUCUGGUGUCCGCGACGGAAUGCCAUCACGCGGGGGCGGCUCUCCGAGGCUCUUUCCAUCGAGAGGAGGAGUGACGAAGCCGCUAGUUGAAAAUAUAAACCCUCAUGAUUAUGAUACAGGCCCAGACCUCUAUGGCAUGCCUUUCCAUCCCCGGUGCUUCGACAUUUAUUCUCAGUUUUCAUAUGAGGAAUUCCCCAUGUUUCCUCGUGUGGGCGACGUUACAGACGCCCAGCAGGAACUCUGGUUUCACACGGUCGGGCAUGAAUACCUGGCUGCGAAUCCAGACUAUAUCCCAAAGCUACCUGCUAUUCUCCUAGCCACAAUCAAAGAGGAUGAAAAUUUCAGCCCACACAAUGGUGCAUUCGAUUUGUCUCAAGUGACCGAACGCCAUGCCAUAUCGGUCGUGCCGGUGCAAGACUCGACCGAUCCGUUCUUAUCAUGGCCGUAUGAUAUACAACUCAUGAUGGUUGAUUUUCUUAGAUCUCGUGAUAUAGCGAGUCUGAGACUUGCUUCGAGAGUGUUCCGACAACUCCCGGUAUCCCUAUGGUAUCGUCUGCUCCGCGAAGAACUGCCCUGGCUGUGGGAAACGUGGGAUGAAAAUGAAUGUGACCACACACCUUCGAUCUGGACGACGAUCACUGCGAACGAUAUCAAGGAGACUUUUAGCACACGGGAGCUCUACAAUGAAGUACUCGAAGAAGAGUAUGAUAAAGGCGAGCUCGAUCCGGUGGUCUUCGAUAUCAUGGCUCCUCCUUGGUCUCCAACGGUACCGCACCAAAUAAAAUUGCCGAGAGGAAAGACAAAUUGGUAUGAAGUUUACUCUGCGAUUACGCGGAAUUGGGAUGAGCUCAAAGGCUUGAAAAAUCGCCGGCGAAUUUGGAAGGACGUUGAAGAGAUUAUUCGACACGUCAAAAAGUAUCAGGGGUGA